CUGUGUCUCCUUCCUUCCAGAGUUGAAGAUGGCCCUCUUCCAGCCUGCGGAUGUGUUUCUGGAUCCAGACACGGCGCACCCCACCCUCCUGGUUUCUGAGGACAAGAGGAGCCUGCAGCACAUAGACACAUGGCAGAACCUGCCAGAGAACCCCAAGAGAUUUCUUUGGAAUUACUGUGUGCUGGGCUGUGAGAGCUUCAUAUCGGGGAGACACUUCUGGGAGGUGGAGGUGGGGGACAGGGCACAGUGGUGUGUCGGGGUGUGCAGGGAGAGUGUGAGGAGGAAAGGUGUCGAUAAAAUGUCCCCUGAGAAUGGAUUCUGGACAGUGGGGCUGAUUCCUGGGAAGUACCUCUGGGCUCUCACAGACCCACAGACCACACUGACCAAUGUGAGCCCCCCUGAGAGGGUCGGGGUUUUCCUGGACUGUGAGCUGGGGGAGGUCUCGUUCUACAAUGCCUUCAAUGGGUCUCACAUCUUCACCUUCCCACACACCUGCUUCUCUGGGCCUCUGAGGCCUGUUUUCUGGGUUUGGACAACUGAGCCCACUCCCUUGACCAUUUGCCCAGCACAGAAAGCAGUGAGGAGGUCCCUUGUUCCUGACCCAGGGCCUGACCCUUCCCUGGAGAUUCCGGUGGCCCCGUCCUCAGCUGCUGGGAAUGGGGACCCUCAGGCUGAAGAAUCGUCUCUGCUUCUUGCUGCCCAGCCUGGAGCUGAGGGCCCGUGAACAGCAAACCUCUCAGCGAGAAAACACUAAAAACACUGAGUGACGGGCUUCACUAACAUUCAGUUUUUCCUGAUGAGAGACAAGGAGAAAAGGGUACAGACUGUGAGUUAACUUUCCAAAGGUGGGUCAGCCGGGUUCAAACAACCAGAGCUGACAUCUCUGGUAACUUCACAGGUACUGGGUGCUGUGCUAGCUGCUUCAGGUGAAUCUCACUCAUUCCCAAAAUCCCUGUGAGAUGUAGCUUAUUUGGAUACUGUGGAAACUGAGGCAGGGCCAAGUUCACUGAGGUACAUAAUUCACACGGAACCUAGUGCUGCUGGGAGAUGGCCAUCCCCUGCCCCUCCCCCUCCCUCUCGUCUCUCCCUUUGCAGCUGAUUGUCCUGUUGGGCAGGGUCAUGGGCAGCCCUGAGGGUCCCUCCCAGGGCACCAAGGGUAAAGGUCACUGCAGGUGACUGUGAAGGCCACACCCCACUGGGAUCCUUCAAGGUCAACUGUCAGAGCCAUGGUCCACCCUUCACUGACGGGCUCUGCAGGACGCCGAGGUCCAGGGGAUAAACUCACAGUGACCCCAUCACACAGGCUGAGAAGGGACCAGCGGCCACUCUCUGAACCAGCCCGUGACCUGUGGGCACAGAGCAGACCCCCCCUCCCACCUCCCACCUGGAGGUCCUCUGUGAGCAGGACGGUGGGGGGAGGGGACAGACAGACGUCAGUGGAAGUUUCAUCACACGGUGGGACCCACGUCCAGGACAUGGCGCCCACCGCUGACCACCCACUGAGGUUCCUGUCACCUGUGGGUCCUGGGGAAAGGCCCCUCUUCCUCAUCAUCAUCGUCACUGUGACUGUUCACUGUGUGUUUCCUCGCCCUGCAUGUGGGUGUCAUGUCACCUGUGCUAAAUAAAUGUGUCAAUAAUUGUCA